AUGCCGAACCUCAAGAAGCAGAAGAAUUCUUUCAAGAAUUUGCUGAAAAAGGUUAUGGAAUUCGGUGUCAAUUUGAAGAGCUUGAAUGCUCCUUACACGGCAAUGAAUAGGGAUUCUGAGGAGAAAUUGGAAAGGAAGGGGAAUAGCAGCCGUUGGAGAAACGCUAGGGUUCCUCAUGGAUGUUUGGCUGUCUAUGUCGGCCAAGAAAGGCAAAGAUUUGUGAUUCAGACGGGGGAUUUAUCGCAUCCUGUAUUUCUGAUGCUGCUGGAGAAAGCAAAGGACGAAUAUGGCUUCAACCAGAGGGAGGGUUUGGUGGUUCCCUGCGAUGUGGAGACCUUUGAAAAUGCUAUGUUUGUUAUUGACAGCAGUAAAUCGGCUUCUGGACAGUUUGAUCUGGAGCGCUUGCUGAACAAACUCGUGCUCACUGCAACCCCUGCCAACACAUGA